CUCCCACAUUCUAAAAAAAUGAAGAAGUGAAACAAUAUUUCUGUGUUGAUUCCGUAAUAGUGGAGUUGAAAAUGAAUUGCUAAAAUGAUAUUUCCUUCGCUCUUUUAUUCCUCAUUGACCACCAAGAACAUUAUAAAAUUCUGCACCCCCUAAAAUCACUCUUGGAACCGCCUCUGGUCAGAACCUACUUCGACCAUUAUCUUAUGCGUUAUGCCUUUCCCUUGGAGAAAAUAUAAGAGAUAUAAUACAUGUGUAUCAUCUGUUAAGGUAUACCUAUCAUCAACAACCAUAUAAAAGAAAUGAAUAUCAGUCUUAAUUGAAUACUGCUCAGUUUCCUUCGAGGACAUGCGGGUAUUUAAACGCUUUUCAGCAACAAUUCCACUUGAUAAUAAGCUUCACCCAACCACAAAAACAAGCUUCAAUCUCCUCUCGAUUUUUUUGUUCUCGAACGCGAAGUAAUUAAAAUCAAAACCGUGACGAUUUCCAUUUGUCGUGACAAUACAUUUAUAAGACAAAAGUUAUUAAUAAUAGGAUACUGACGAUCAAUUGAAGAGAGAAAGCAUCUCGCGUUUUGUUCGAGCAAAUCGUCGCUCUGCACUUGCAGAACUUUCUAUCCUUUGUACAAAUAAAACACUUAUAAUCUGCAUCAGUGUCACUUUGAAUUCAUCGUCAAGGGUAGGGGAUCUGUACCACAUUUGUGAUUAUAGGAGUGGAAAGUAUAAUACCUGAAGAUAACGAUGUUAUUCACCAGUUGGGGUUCGAGAUUCAGCGGUGUUAAAAUGUUCUUGCCUACGUUAGUGAUCUUUUUCGCGUUUUAUAGUGAAAUAAACGCGGUACCAUCCACCAACGUCCACCAAAUCAAACUGCCCACUUCAAAAUCUGUCAAAAUCUUCGAAGAUGACCCUAGUUGGGCUAACAACGAUAGACAAACCAACAGAAAUCCAAACAGAUCUACAGAUAGGGCGGACACAACCGGAGACUCACCUACCAGCGAUGAAAAUUUCGACCAGUACGCCCUAGAAAGAUUCCUUAACACUUACGCCGAGAAAUUCCGUAAAAAACACCAUCCAAACUCGAUAAACACCAGGUACGAGGACGACAACAACCAAUCAGAGGAAGAUCAACGUCCUGCAUCCUCUAACGACAAAGAAGAAAAAUCCAAAAAUUGGAAUAUGAUGCAGGUUCAAAAGCACAAACAUCCUUUCGAAGAUAAGAACGGUUGGGUGAGUAUGGAUCCUGUACCUUGGUCGCUGUCGAAAAUAUCGAAAUGGCACAGUGAAAAAAAACCAAUGAGGAAACCGGAAGUGUCUUACGAAGCCUUAGAGACUCCUCUAGAGGCUGACUUGGAAACCAGUGGUUACGAUGAUAUUCCUUCAAAACCAUCCUGGUACCACAAACCGAGACCGUACAAGAUAAAACCUUCAACACAAUACAAACCUGUUACGAUGAGCUCAUUCAACGAAGACCAGAACGAAGAAGAUAACUUUUACCAGAUGAACAGACCAACCAUAGUGGUCCAAGAGCCUGAAUUCACCGAACCUGGCUCCUACGAACACAAAGUACAAAUCCAUUACAACACAGAUUCAUCACAUUACCAAGGGAACAAACAUUUUAUCAAGAGACCAACGUACCAAACUCACAGAUACGAUACCAAAACCCACAAAAACUGCGAUCACUCUGCUGAGGAGAUAAUAACCGAUGGUCAACCUUCUAACUUUCCUAGCAACAGGAGGAAAUCCUCGGAGAUCCCUGAAACUCACCCUUUCACUGGAAAUGGCGACUGGAUUCUUCUCUCCACAACCAAAGGUUAUAAAAGCCCCAAAACGCGUCAAAGGUCUCUUCAAAUAUCACUGAAUCCUAAGCAAACUUCAGUCGAAUCAACCAGGAAAAGUAUUCAGGUUUUUCCUAAUCUUAUACCGUCUAAAACCAAUAAUAAAUUGAACGAUGAGGUUCAGUUAGACCAGAAAGAACCUGAUUCUAUCGGACUCAGAAGAGGAGUUCAAUUAACAGUACUGCCACCUUUGAAGAAUUCCAAGAUUAACAUGACAACAUCCCAUGGAGGCUUACUCCAGGUAGAAUCAACAUUUGAAACAGUCGAACAAGCGCAGAAGAGACAAGCAAGAAAAGUACUGGAUAACUUCAGGAAGAAACCAAUAAGAACAAAGAUAGGAAAAGGUAAAGUUAUAAGGAGACCUGCAGUGCAAAAAUUGAAUGUUGCCUUACCAGUCACUUCAUUGAAUGAGCGUAUAGGAAGUCCAGACAUAUCUGCUGUUUUAGCUGCAGCUGGUGCUGGUAUGAUCCCAGCCACUAUGGCCAUGUUGGUACCAAUGGCGAUGGGUGGAAAAAGAAGACGAAGAGAUUUAACAUAUCAUCAUCGUCCAGGUCUCCCAAAUCACACCUUUCAAUAA